AUGGCAGUAACGGAGGCUAAGACGGCAGCUUUUGCUCGUCUGUAUGAGGAACUAGGGAACAAAGGCGGGGAGAAGAAGUUAUUCCGACUCGCUAAGGACUUUGCUCAGCUGAUGAACAGCAAAUCGAGAGCAAUGUGGGGUAACAAAUUUGGCAUGCUUCUGUUACCAGUUCAUUAUCACAAAGGUGGAAGUGAUCCAUUGCAGUUUGCAAUCACAAUGCACAUGGUGAGCUAUGAGGGGAAGGCUGACAUGCAAAUAUUGGUGGCUAAAGACAUCAUCCCUGACCCUAAAGUCCUAGCCAAGUGUUUUCAAGAUGCCUUACUGGAAAUGAAGGAAGCUGCACAAGCUGUUUGCAACAAAUAA